AUGGCUCAACAACGAGACACUUAUCAGAAUUUCUUGGCUAAUCCAGGCUUUUCCAUGAAUAGCCCAAAUCAACAACAGCAGCAGCAGCAGCAGCAGCAAGUGCCAUCGCCUCAACAGCAGCAACAACCUCAACUUAAUAGACAAGCCAAUCCAAAUUUUGGUCAACCACCACAGCAACAGAAUGACCCUAAUUUUUACUAUCAACAGCAAAAUCAAAUGCCAUCGCAAUCACCACAGAAUUUUCAACCACAGCAACCAUCACCUAAUCAACCCUCUCCUCAAAUGAUCCAGCAGCAACAGAUCAACUAUUUGAGACAACAACAACAACAGCAGCAGCAAGUAAAUUUUAACAACGUGGGCGGGUUCAAUAACUAUCAGCAACAACCACAAAGAGCUCCUCCAUCUGCGCAAAAUGUGUCUCCCAUGCUGAUGAACUCUGCUUCGCCCAACAUGAACAGAGCUGCUAUGCCCAAUCCCCAACAGCAACCUGGUGCCAGCAGCAAACCGGUGUAUGCUAGUCCAAUGAUGAGCAAUCCAGCCAUACAAAAGCAAUUGGCAGAAGCACAACGUCUUCAGCAGCAACAACGUCCCAAUGCUCAGUUUGUAAACAUGUUUAAUAACAACCAGCCCUCUCCUCAGCAACAUCCUCAAGCUCCUCAUCCACCACAUCAUCCUCAGCAACAGCAAAUGCAGCAAAUGCAACAAAUGCAGCAACACCUUCAGCAUCCCCAACAACAAAACCAGCAGCGUCCUCCUCUUCCCAACGGAUUUUUUAUGCAAUUGCCUCCUCAGCAAUUACAGCAACUCAAUCCUCAGCAAUUCCAAGCUUACCAGCAGCAGUUGCAACGCCAUCAACAGAUGCAACGUCAGCAGCAAAUGAUGAUGCAACAAGGCUUUGAUCCUCGUUUCCAUCAAUUGCAACCUCACCAACAGCAGCAAUUUUUGAUGCAAAUGCAUCAACACCAAAUUCAGUUCCAACAACAGCACCAUUUGCAGCAACAACAGCAGCAACGCCAGUUAGCUGAACGUCCAAAGCGACCUACUAGAAAUGCAGCUAAAAAGAAACGUGGUUACGAAGCUUCGUCUGAUGAGGAGGAUGAAUUUGAUCUGGAAUCUGAAGAGUCUGAACCUCCUGUCAGCGAUUUUGAAGACAGCGAUGGAGAGACCGCAUCCAGAAAGAAACAACAAGCAGCUGCUGAUGAUGAGCCUGUCAUGAUUCCUAUGGGCACUCAUGUGUUUGAGCGUAUUUUGGACUACAGAAAGCUGAGCAAUGGAAAGGAAGAGCUGUUGAUCAAAUACAAGCACACCAGUUUCCUCCACGUCGAAUGGGUGCCUAUUGAGCAAAUCGAAGCUGAGCAUUUGGGUAAGCACCGUGUCAAGAAGUUUUUGCAAAAGUAUCAUCAAGAUGGCGAGAAGGGCGAAGAUUUCCAAGAGUAUUUAAAGAUGGACCGUGUCAUUGAUGACGGUGAAUUGGAAGACCCUGACACUGGCGAAAGUAAGGUGUAUUAUCUUGUCAAGUGGAACGGCAUGUUUUACGAUUCAUCAACCUGGGAGACUGAAGAGGAUGUUCGCAAAACCAACAGCGUGUUACUCGACGAAUUUAUUGCUAGAAAGCAAAUCCCUGAGGAAAAGAUGGCGCCCUCUCCUCCUCGACCUGAUUCCAGUCGUUUCAUCGAAUACGCUGAUUCUCCACCAUACAAAUACGGCAAUUCAUUGCGUCCUUAUCAGCUGGAAGGUCUCAACUGGCUUCGAUUCUGUUACUAUACUUUCAAAUCGUGUAUUUUGGCUGAUGAAAUGGGUUUGGGUAAAACGGUGCAGUCUGUCGCUCUGUUGAAUGAUAUCUACAAUGCUAUUCGUAUCCGUGGUCCCUUCUUGAUCAUUGCGCCACUGUCGACCAUUCCUCAUUGGACCCGUGCAUUUGGUGCCUGGACUGACCUGAAUGUCAUUGACUUCCGUGGUAGUGUCACUGCUCGUAAUCUGAUUGUGGAAACUGAGUUCCAUUAUCAAGACGCUGAAGGCAACGUAAUUCCCAACAAGUUUAAGUUUGAUGUCUUGAUCACCACCUAUGAAAUGGCUUCUGCUGGCGCUAUGACUUUGAAGGAUAUUCCAUGGCGUUGCGGUGUCUUUGAUGAAGCGCAUCGUCUUAAGAACAAGAAUUCUAAGGUACUGGAAGUGCUCAAGACCUUCUACAUGGACCAUAAAUUACUGCUGACUGGUACUCCUUUGCAAAACAACUUGGGUGAACUCUACAGUUUGCUCCACUUUAUGCAGCCUGACAUCUUUAACGACGAGGAGCGAUUCUUUGCAGAAUACGGUGCCCUGAAAACAGCCCACGAAGUAGAGAAACUGCAGUAUUUGUUGAAACCCAUCAUGUUGAGACGUUUCAAGGAAGACGUAGAAAAGACCAUUCCUGUCAAGGAAGAAACCGUCAUUGAAGUUGAAUUAACCAACCCUCAAAAGAAGUGGUAUCGUGCUAUUCUGGAAAAGAACUUUAGUUUCCUCAAGAAGGGAUCCAAGUCCAACAAGGAAAUGCCUCAUCUUCGCAACAUUAUGAUGCAACUUCGUAAGUGCUGUAUCCAUCCUUACCUCUUGGAGGGCGCUGAAGAUGUCAUUGUCAACGAGUGCAAUGCUUCUGGACAUCAAGAGCAGUUCAACUGUCUCGUCCAAUCUUCUGGUAAACUUGUGCUCAUCGAUAAAUUGCUGAAAAAGUUGAUCCAAGGUAACCACAAGGUGUUGAUCUUUUCCCAAUUCACAAGUUGUUUGGAUAUUCUUGCCGAUUAUCUUCGUGGAAGAGAAUAUGCCUAUGAACGUAUUGACGGUAGUGUUCCAGGUGAACAACGUCAAGCUGCUAUCGAUAGAUUCUCCACUCUUCCUAUCGAAGAAUCCUUUGUGUUUUUGCUGUGUACCAGAGCAGGUGGUGUUGGUAUCAAUUUAACCGCUGCUGAUACUUGUAUUAUCUUUGACAGUGAUUGGAAUCCUCAGAACGAUCUUCAAGCCCAAGCCAGAUGUCAUCGUAUUGGUCAAACCAAGCCUGUUCAAAUCUACCGUCUGAUCUGUGCCAAUACAUAUGAAAAGGACAUGUUUGAUCGUGCUGGUAUGAAGUUGGGUCUCGAUAAAGCUGUGAUGGGUACACACGAUGAUGGAAGUGCCAACAAGACGGCUGAACUGAACAGAAAGGAAAUUGAAGAUCUGCUAAAGAAGGGUGCUUAUGGUGCCAUGCUCGACGAUGAGGCCAGUGCCAAGUUUUGUGAGGAAGAUAUUGAUCAAAUUCUUGAGCGUCGUACCACUGUGAUUCGUCAUGAAGGCAAUGAAAAGGGCUCUGUUUUCUCCAAGGCCACUUUCUCUGCUGCAGACGAUGAUAACGCCGGUGUUGAUUUAGACGAUCCUGAUUUCUGGGAGAAAUGGGCUGCCAAAGCACACAUUGAUACCUCUGAACUGCCUGAUGAAAAUGAAUUGAUUGUGUCUCUGCCUCGUAGACGUCGUCAAGUCCAACGUUUUGGUUCUCGUGGUGUGGAUGGCUCCUACUCCUCCAAUGACGAAGCUGCCGACUCUGAUGCUGCCUAUGAAGAAGAACUCGAGACCAGGCCUCGUCGUGGUGGCCGUGGUGAUCAAGUUCGUCCCUGGACCCUCUCUGAAAAGACCAAGUAUGAGCGCAAACUGAUGAUUUAUGGCUAUGGCAAGUGGGACUCGAUGGCUCAAUACUUCCCUCGUCGCUCUGAAAAGGAUUUGAAGGCUGUGACUCGAGCAUUGAUGCGCAAGGUGCUCCCCAUCCUAAAGAAUGUCAAGAAGACGACCGAAGAAGACCGCAAGUUGAUUGAAGAUAUUGAGAAUAUCCUGACCAACGAUGCUCGUGAUGAAGUCAAGAAGGGCGAAGGCAUUCCUUACAUUGGCGCCACCAAGAAGCAGAUUGCCGAAUUCAAGACAUUCUUGCUCCAAGCACCUGAAGACUAUGUGGAUCAUAUUGAAAGAAAGGGACGCAACUUUUUGCUUCGUAUUCAAAUGCUCCAUUUGAUUCGUGACAAGAUUGUGCCUACUGACUGGGAAGAAGCCAAGGUACUCGAGAUGCCCAAGGUUACUGGUUUGCCCCCUGCCAGAUGGUGGGGCGAGAAUGAAGACCGUUGUCUCUUGCUUGGUAUCUGCAAGCAUGGUUAUCAGCAGUACCUUGCUAUGCGUAAUGACCCUGAGCUCUGUUUCUAUGGCAGAAAGUACGACGACAGCCAAUCCGGUGACCUCGGUGACGAUGAUGCCAAGGACAAUGACAAGAACGAUGAUGCUGACAGCAGCAGACAAGCCUCUCUGGAGCCUGUCAAGACGCCUGUCAAUGUGAUUGCCAAAAAGACCUACACGAAGAAGGACGAUGACGAUAGUGAUUACGACGACAAGAAGGCUGACGACUCGUCUGACGAUGAAGAUUACACGGGCAAGCCCAAGAUCUAUGUCUGGCCAUCCAAGGCUGAUAUUGGCAUGCGUCUUCGUCGCAUUAUUGCUGCCUUUUUGAGAGAAAGAGCCAACAACACUCGCAAGCGCAAGUUGGAGGAAAAGGUGCAAAAGAAGGAAAGUGAGCGUCAAACACGUCAACGUCAGAAGGAAACACGUGCUGCGCAAAGACAAAGAGCCAAACAAAAUGAAGUCUCUAACCGUUGGACCAAGAAGAACAAGAGUGAUUUCAUCAAGACCCUCAUGUCGUUUGGUGUGGAACGUGAAGACGAUGAUUACAGGUGGGAUCGAUUCAAGGAAAUUGCCAAUCUGGAGAAGAAAACAGAUGAGUCACUUACCAGCCAUUACAAGGAAGUCUAUGCUGCUUGUGAGGAAUCAGUCAAAAAGCAUGCUCUCGAGAAUGGUGUUGCCUCUUCUGCUGCCGGAGGAGCUGAUGUGGACACGCCUGUAUCUUCUCCCAAGGACAAUGGAGACACCAUGAGUCGUGAAGCUAGUCUUGAACCCGAAGAAUCCAAUGACAAUGGUGAUGCUGUACCUUUUGAUAAAGCCCGUCGUUCUUUGAGACGUAUUGCACAGAUGGAGAUUAUUCGUGAAAAGGUGCUAGUGAAUCCUGAAUUAGAAUCCAUUUUGAUCAGAGCUAAAAAGACAUCAGGUCUACCAAGUUGGUGGGAGGUGCCUAAACACGAUAUUGCUCUAUUGGAAGGUGUCAGUAAGCACGGCAUGAAUCGUCAAGAGUCCAUCAUUGAAGACCCCGAGCUACCAUUCUAUCAUGUCAAGAAGAGUCUCACUGAAGGAGGCAAGGAUGUGGAAGGCGAAGAAGGCGAUUUGAACCUGUUCAAGUUUGUUUGGCCCAGAGACCUUGUCAUCUUCCGUCGUAUCGACUCUCUCUGUGAAUUGGUGACAAACCCCAAGCCUCUUAGUAUGCGCGCAUCUAGAAAACGCAAGCAAAUGGCUGGUGCUCGUGGUUCAGGCGGACGCAAGAAGAAGGCUAAAGAUGAGAUUACAGAAGGAGGUGAAGAUCAAGCCAAUCGUAGUGAUUUGAGCGAAGAGGAAAUGAAUGACGAAGAUGAUUAUGUUGAUGAAGAAGAUGACGGAAAUGCACCAUCUUCUAUUGCUGCUGACAGUGUUUCUGGUGAUGUGCAAUAUCAAGAAGAGCAUGAGCCCAUGGAGGGCGUUAUUCAAGAGGCUACUACUACUACUACUACUACUACUACUUUUAUUAACAAUGGACCCAUUGAUGUUGCUGCCAAUGACCUUGUGAAGGAAGAUGUCAAGAUGGAUCUCAAGAAUCUAAUGGAGCCCACCACUGAAUUUCAGCCAGCUGAAGCCUUUGUAACAGCAGCAGUAGAAGCACCCGUUGUUGCACCUUUGGAAAAGAAGGAGGAUCCAGAGGAGAAGGAGGAGAUGAAGAAAAUCGAAAAUCAAGUUGAAGCUAUGCCCACUGUCUCUGAAAAUGUUGCUGUUUUGAAGACUGAAGAAUAG